AUUUGAAAGAAGGACAUUUCGUACAAGAAUGGCAGGAAGUUUAUGAAGAUUUAAAAGCCGACAUUGAAGAAGUUGAUGUUAGUGCUGGGAUCGCAUCAGUUUUAGCUAUUAAAGAUGAUGAUGAAUUGAAAACAAUCAAAGCUGCCUGUAAACUUAGUUCCUUGGUAAUGCAACAUUUCAUUGGAGUUGUGACUUCCAUUAUUGAUGAAGAGAAACAAGUCACUCAUGAAAAGUUAUCUGAAGAUAUUGAUAACCUAUUGAUAAGUGAACAAAAUUCUUUCCUUAAAAAAGGAGUUCAAGACGUUGAUCUUUCGCGAGCAGAAUUUUGUUAUACUCCAAUUAUUCAAAGCGGUGGUGUCUACGAUUUUAAAUCUUCGGCCGAAUCUGAUGAGCGAGUAUUACAUGACGGAACAAUUCUUUGUUCAUUCGGUCUACGGUACAAAUCAUAUUGCUCAAACAUUGGCAGAACUAUUUUAUUCAACCCGACGAAGGAACAAGAAAAGAAUUAUGAAAUUCUUUUAGAACUGCAGCGGCGUAUUGUUGAUAACAUAAAAAGCGGUGUUAAGCUUCGCGAUGUUUAUUUGAAAGCCGUUAAUUUUGUUAAAAGUAAGAAGUCCGAUCUGGUUAACCAUUUCGUAAAGAGCCUUGGUCAUGGGAUGGGAAUUGAAUUUAGAGAAUCUGCAUAUUCUAUAAAUUCCAAAAACACUAAAGAGUUCAAGCAUGGAAUGGUUUUUAAUUUGUUUAUCGGUUUUCAAAAUUUAGAAAAUCCAAAAGCCACAGAUGAAAAGGGAAAAAUCUAUUCACUUUGGAUAAUAGAUACAAUUAGAGUUUCUAAUGAAACAGCAACUUUACUCACAGAAGGAAAUAGAAAGUUAGAUAAUAUGGCCUUUUCUUUUCAGGAUGGACCUGAAAGUGAUCAGGAAUCAAAAAAAGAGAACAAACGUUCUGCUCAAAAAGUUGAGUCAAAAAGAACUGCUACAAGGAAAUCUACCAUUUUGAAAAGUAAAUUCAGAAGUGAAGACAAAGAUGAAGAUUCUGAACAAAAACGUAAAGACCAUCAGGCAGAAUUGGCUAAACAAAAGCAAGCCGAAGGAUUGGCUCGUUUUGGAGAUGGUAUAGAUCAUCAAACAAGCCAGAGGGAAGCUGUUUUUAGAAAAUUCGAAAGUUAUAAGAGAGAUACGGCCCUUCCAAAGGAAGUCAAAGAUUUAAAGAUAGUAGUAGAUCAAAGAAAUGAAUCAGUUAUUCUUCCAGUUUUCGGGCUAGCCGUUCCUUUUCAUAUUUCUACUUUGAAGAAUGUAAAUAAGACCGAAGAGGGAGAAUACACUUAUUUGCGUAUAAAUUUCCUAACGCCUGGACAAGCUUCUGGAAAAAAGGAAGAUAUGCCAUUCGAUGAUCCGACUGCAAACUUUGUACGUGCUGUUACUUAUCGAAGCACCGAUGAGAAUUUGUCUGAAAUUUAUAGGAAGAUAGUGGAACUUAAAAAGACCGCUGCAAAAAAGGAAGCUGAAAGGAAAGAGAUGUCGGAUUUAGUUGAACAAGAUAAGCUGAUUGAGUUAAGAGGUCGACGACCGACAAAUCGAUUGUCAGACGUGUUCGUUCGUCCAGGCCUGGAUGGAAAACGUAUACCUGGUGAAUUAGAAAUUCAUGAGAAUGGGCGGAGAGCCUUAUUGAAUAAGGAAUUUAAAGCCUUUUCGGAGAAGAUUGCAGAAGCAAGUGAAGGGCGAGUGGAUGUUGACAUCCCCUUCAGAGAAAUUGCCUUUCAAGGUGUUCCUUUCCGAACCAAUGUGUUACUACAACCCACAACGGAUUGUCUCGUUCAUUUAACGGAUCCUCCAUUUCUGAUAAUUACAAUCGCUGAUGUUGAAAUCGCUCAUUUGGAACGCGUUCAGUACGGAUUGAAAAACUUUGAUCUGGUUUUUAUUUUCAAAGAUUACACACGUACUCCAGUGCAUAUUAACACAAUUCCCAUGAAUCAAUUGGAAAAUGUUAAAGAUUGGCUCGAUCACGUGGACUUGGUAUUUUACGAGGGACCACAAAAUUUAAAUUGGACUCAAAUUAUGAGGACAAUUAGUAAAGAUCCAGCAGAUUUCUAUAAGAACGGCGGAUGGUCUUUCUUAAGUAUGCAUGGCGAGGGUGAUGAUUCAGAGACUUCUACUGAAACAGCCAGCGAAUAUGUUCUCAGCGAGAGUGAAUUUAGCGAAAGUAGCAGCGAUGAUGAUAGUCGUGUUGACGAAGAAGUAUCUGAAUAUUCAGAAGAAACAACUGAUGAUAGUGGUGAAAGUUGGGAUGAGCUUGAAGAAAAAGCGCGUAAAGCCGACGAACGAAAGGAGGUACCGAAACGUAAAGAAGUAUUUGAAGACACGCGCGGGACAAACAAAAAAACUCGUCGUUAA